GUUCUUCUGUCUCUUUCCACCUUCAGCCAUUUUGACAAUGUUAGGAGCUGUGGGACGUUGCUGCACCGGGGCUCUGCAGGCUCUGAAGCCUGGAGUCCAGCCACUGAAGGCCCUCGUUGGAUCCCCAGCUGUUCUCUCACGGAGAGACUAUGCAGCUCCAGCUGCCGCCGCCGCCGCCGCUAGUGGGCAAAUCGUAGCGGUCAUCGGUGCCGUUGUCGACGUCCAGUUCGACGACGACCUCCCUCCCAUCCUCAAUGCUCUCGAGGUUGCUGGCCGCGAGUCCAGACUCGUUCUGGAAGUGGCACAGCAUCUUGGGGAGAACACCGUGCGAACCAUUGCUAUGGAUGGUACCGAAGGUCUAGUCCGUGGGCAGAAGGUUCUGGACACUGGUGCCCCCAUCAGAAUCCCAGUUGGGCCUGAGACUCUGGGAAGAAUCAUGAAUGUUAUUGGAGAGCCCAUUGAUGAGAGGGGUCCAAUUUCAACCAAGCACACUGCCCCCAUCCACGCUGAGGCCCCAGAGUUCACUGACAUGAGUGUGGAGCAGGAGAUCCUGGUUACUGGCAUCAAGGUGGUGGACCUUCUGGCUCCCUAUGCCAAGGGAGGCAAGAUUGGUCUGUUCGGUGGUGCUGGUGUGGGCAAGACUGUGCUGAUCAUGGAGCUGAUUAACAACGUGGCCAAGGCCCAUGGUGGUUACUCUGUGUUUGCCGGAGUGGGAGAGCGUACCCGUGAAGGAAAUGACUUGUACCAUGAAAUGAUUGAGUCUGGCGUCAUCAACCUGAAAGACACCACCUCCAAGGUAGCGCUGGUGUACGGCCAGAUGAACGAGCCCCCAGGUGCCCGCGCCAGAGUGGCCCUGACUGGCCUGACUGUGGCUGAGUACUUCCGUGACCAGGAGGGUCAGGAUGUGCUGCUCUUCAUUGACAACAUCUUCCGCUUCACUCAGGCUGGCUCCGAGGUGUCUGCCCUGCUGGGGCGUAUCCCCUCUGCUGUGGGUUACCAGCCCACCCUGGCCACUGACAUGGGAACCAUGCAGGAGAGAAUCACCACCACCAAGAAGGGUUCCAUCACCUCUGUGCAGGCCAUCUACGUGCCCGCUGAUGACUUGACUGACCCCGCUCCAGCCACCACCUUCGCUCACUUGGACGCCACCACUGUGCUGUCCCGUGCCAUCGCUGAGCUGGGAAUCUACCCUGCCGUGGACCCUCUGGAUUCCACCUCCCGUAUCAUGGACCCCAACAUUGUCGGAGCUGAGCACUAUGAUGUCGCCCGUGGCGUGCAGAAGAUCCUCCAGGACUACAAGUCCCUGCAGGAUAUCAUUGCCAUCCUGGGUAUGGAUGAGUUGUCUGAGGAGGACAAGCUGAUCGUGUCACGCGCCCGCAAGAUCCAGCGUUUCCUGUCCCAGCCCUUCCAGGUGGCUGAGGUGUUCACUGGUCACAUGGGCAAACUGGUGCCCCUGAAGGAAACCAUUGCUGGCUUCCAGAGCAUUCUGAAUGGUGAGUACGAUCCCCUCCCAGAGCAGGCCUUCUACAUGGUGGGCCCAAUCGAGGAGGUGGUCGAGAAGGCUGCGAAACUGGCUGAAGAGCACUCAUAAACUCAUCCAGUGUUUUACUGUUGUGCAGGGGAGGGAGAAAUUAUGGUCCUGUGGUAGGAGAACUUGCUUUGUAAAACAUUCGCAUACAAAAAUUGUACUUGUGUCGUCAUCCUGAAAGUUAUAUUUAAUGUUUCCAAUGAAAUGAGAUGGAAUAAAGAUCUGUCUGACAUACGA